GCAUGCGUAGCUGCAGAUGGAAUGUAGCUUGCUAGCCUCCCGCGCUAUCCGCCGCAGCAUCGCAGUCAACUUUGACAAACACGUCAUGAGCGUCUUGAACCCGCCGCCAGCGCCGUGCUGAUAAAACAUGUGAAAAACUAAUUCUUACAAAGGCUAAUAAGUCAGGUUGUCGGAGGGGAAGUGCUGUAAACCCAACCGUGUUGACUGUUGUUAGGAAUCCUUAUGUUGGACCGGUCUCUUCCUGUAGCUUUUGCUCAACUUAUCAGCUUUCAGCGAUGAACAUUGAUGACAAGCUGGAGGGGAUGCUUAUGAAAUGUGGCCCUGUGGGGCUUCACCACUCAUCCAGAAGCUUGGGGCCUUCAGGGGUGGACGGAAGAGGAAGAAGAGGCAGUUUGGAUUUGACACUUGGGGAACGGAGCUUGGCCAAUCAUCCACUUUUGGCAGAGGAUGACGAUGAGGAGGAGGAGGAUGAUGAAGACUUGGCAGGCGGAGGGCUGACCUCACAUAAUCUGAUGUCCCAGGAUGACAUGAUGGUUCAUGAGGAGACGGUGAAAAAUGAUGGACAGGAUGAAUCCACUUUCUCACAGCGAAUCUCCCAUAAAUUAGACUAUACACUCAGUAUGCCAAUAAAUAUAAAGCAGGAGAUGAAAGUGCCAGAUUCGUUGAUUCUGAUGAAGAAGGAGAAGAAACAAGGGAGGGACUCCAAUGACUGUCACAAAAAGAAGAAGAGAAAGCAGCGCUCGCCUGCAAAGAUCCUCACCAUUAAUGAAGAUGGCUCCCUCAGGCACCAGAAUCCAAAAUCUCAUGUCUGUGAGCACUGCAAUGCAGCUUUUCGGACAAACUACCAUUUACAAAGACACGUCUUUAUUCACACAGGUGAAAAGCCUUACCAGUGCAAUCAGUGUGACAUGCGUUUUAUUCAGAAGUACCUGCUGCAGAGACAUGAGAAGAUCCACACAGGAGAAAAACCUUUUCGCUGUGAUGAAUGUGGAAUGAAAUUUAUCCAGAAAUACCACAUGGAGAGACACAAGAGGACACACAGCGGGGAGAAGCCCUACCAGUGUGACCACUGCCAUCAGUAUUUCUCCAGAACUGACCGAGUACUGAAGCACAGACGUAUGUGCCAUGAUAAUAAGGACAGGAAGUUGCAGAAAGCAGCUGCGAAAGAUGGCCCUCUUCGUAGCCCAGAAAGCUUGGACUUCUCUUUUCCUGCCAAGGAAUGCACGCUUCCCAAGAAGAAACGUCAGAAGUCCUCUGAUAAAAGUCGAGUCUCGCUCACAAGUCCCACCAUUCCUGACAAAGUGGCGGAAUCCGGUAAUGAAGAGGAGAAGACGGAAGACAGGCUCGACAAAAGCGAGUGUCUUCCACUUUACGCAAUAGCCACCAAAGUGAAGGACGAGUAUGUUGUGGCAGAUUAUUCGGUAGAGCUGCCUGAUUCUCUGCCUAGCAACAGGCAUCUUGCAGGGGAGGAAUCUAAUGAUGAGAUCAUCAGUCCUCCAAAACUAGUUCUGAAGAAAAUUGCCAGCAGGAGAGGUGUGAAACAGCAGCUGCUAGAACAGUCACAAAGUCUCUCUCCCUUGUCUUCAUUUGAAGAAAGCAAAGUAACAAGAUACACUUUUGAGAUUGUGGAUAAUAAAGGCCUUUUAGAUGUCGAGACCAAUCCUGACAUGGAGUCGGUAGACACCCUACAAGGAGGACAAGCAAAACCAACCGGAAGCAGCACAAACUAUGACGAUGCCAUGCAGUUUCUCAAGAAGAAGCGAUACCUCCAUGCAGCUAUGGCUAACACUAGCAGAGACUAUGCGCUGAACGUGAGCAGCAUUGUGUCACAGCCCUCCGUCACUCAGGCAUCUGUAGCGAGUGUCAUUGAUGAGACUAUUCCCACCACAAUCCUCUCUGAGACUCAGACAUUGAACGUAGAGAUCAAGUCCAGUAAUGAGAAGAAUGUCCUCCCAGACGAGGUCCUUCAAACACUUCUCGACCACUACUCCAAUAAGGCCAACGGGCAAGCGGAGCUUUCCUUCAGUGUGGCGGACACAGAGGUGACAUCCAGCAUCUCCAUCAACUCUUCCGAUGAGAGUAGCCCCACUGAGGCUUUGGGUAGCAGCUCACAAGCGCCCCCGGCAGAGAAGGCCAGCCUUCUACAAGAGUACUCCAAGUUUCUCCAGCAAGCACUGGAAAGGACCAGUCAGAACGACACCUAUCUAAACAACCAGAGUCUUACUUUUGUAAGUGACAGUAGCAGUCUUGCUGGCCAGCCUUUGUUUUCCACUGAGAAGCAAUUCACAUCCCCAUCCCGGUUCAGACCGAGCAUGAACUCACCUUUGAGGUCCACCUUGGAGAAACCCAGCUUUAGCCUUUUAGUAGAUUCCCAACACUCCUUCUCCUUGUCAGGUGACGAGACAAACCCUUCCUCGGUUUCGCCAACGGAGGACUUUCUCGACCAAGUGACCUCGCCUAAAAAGACAGAUGCGCAAAGCAUUAGUCAGACAUUUCAGAUUGCCACUUUUGAGCAGAACUUUCGAUCUCAGUUCCCAAGCUCAAGAUCUGGAAUAUCCUCGCAGUUUAGCAUCGCCAGUGGACAAGUUAGCCUGAGAGCACAUGGAGGAACAGACUUUCCAGAGUUUUCUCUUGUUAGUGAAUCAAGAACUCCACUAACUUCAUCACCAGAUGCUACAAGCAGCCAAACCUUUGGCUAAAUGAGAGCUUUUAAUGUUUUGAAGCAUUUUAAAGGCACUUUAUAUUCAAGGUCUUUGAGUUCUGUCAAUGAAGGCAAUGUGAUCUCUGUGCAAAUACCUAUGAUUUUCCAUCUUUAAACAAUCAAGCAUGUGUGGAAAUCAGGACUAGAGUGAUACCCCACAUUAGAUUUAAUUAUCACCACCUUUAAUGAAGACUGUCUGAUUUUUUUUUUAUCUGUCAUAUAUGCUCAACAUGAUCAUACUAUACUAUGGCUUUCCAAAUUAGCUAAUUUAUUUGUUAAAGCUUAUGUGUUUCUUAAUAAUCAUAAUUCAGUCAUAUUUCGAUUAAACUGUGCUAACGGCUCAGUUGCACUAAAUCACUGUUGUUGUUGUAUUAUAAAUUUUGCAGGUCACUGGUGGCUUUACCUAGAUAAAUCUUUACAGAGAUCAUGAUCAUAUUGGCCUCUUGUUAGUGAUCAGUUAUUUUGCUGGAAUUUAUUAACAACAGAUUCAAUAGACUGACAUAAUAAUAAAGCUAUUUAACAUUAGAAACUACCCUAGCAUUACAGAUUUUUUUUAAUUUUUUUUUUUAGAUAUUAUUUUUUGGUGAGGUACAUAAAGAACCUAACAAUUGUACCCUCAGGUAAGGCACUUACCUCCAGCUUAGUCCUCUAUAAAAGUGACUGCAAGUCACUUUGGUAAAAAAAAAAAAAAAAAAAGUGUCUACUGAAUAACCAGUAUUAUUUCACUUUCCCCUUAUUUGUGAGCUCAUUGGGGUGCAAUUUGUAUUAUUUGUUGUAUAUAUAUAUAUCUAUCUAUAUAUAUAGAUAUAUAUAGAUAUGCAUUCAGUGAUCACAUGAUUCUUCACAACCUCUCAAUGAGACAGUCUUCAUGUAUCUCACACUGUGUUCAAACUGACGUAGACCCUAAUAUUAUAUGAUGAGAUGAUAUAAUCCUGAAAUAUUUUUGCACAUUACUCUGAAGGUUGUUGGAUUAAAAAAGAAAGAGAUAUUCUAAUACAGAUAAAAUAUUUACUUCUGUGAUAAUCAGCAUAUUUGUAUUUGAUGGAAUGUCUACCGAGUUAUGCCAAAUAGAUUUGAGGUGCACAUGGCACUUGGUAUUCUGUAGAAGGCAUCUGUAGAGGUUUUGAUUUCACACAUCCCACAUUUGGGGAUGCCGUUUUAGUAAUUGUCUUGGGGAAACGCCCCAACAGGUGGUCAUUUGUCAGUUUGUCAUCAAUGAGCCUGACUUGACUCAGUGGUUAUUUCACAACUAGUUUUCAAUUCAUAUUGUAAAUUAAGUGCAUUACAUCACCUUUUUUUUCUAAAGAGCAUUUCAUUUGUUCACAGUGUGUUUUUUUUAAUUUGCAGAUGUACUGGAGAUCUGCGAAACGUUGCCCAAUAAAUAGCACUUUGGGCUCAUGGGAAUUUUUUUGUUUUUUUGUUAUUGUCUUAAAGCACUUUUUAAUUCACCUUAUCCAGCAUUUGAGAUAUGAAAUGGAACCAUCUAUUAU